CGACUCUGCUCAUGGUGAUUAUGUGCAAAGUAAGGAGACCAGUUUAAUAGAACAAGCUCCCAUACCUCAGGAUGGACUUACUAUGGCACCUCAUAGAGCUCAGCGAGAAGCUGUACACAUUGAGAAGAUAAUGUUGAAAGGAGUCCAGAGAAAAAGGGCUGACAAAUAUUUGGAGUACACUUUCAAAGUAAAUUGGUCUGAUCUUUCAGUCACAACAGUAACAAAAACCCACCAAGAACUACAGGAAUUUCUACUGAAGCUUCCCAAGGAAUUGUCUUCAGAGACUUUUGAUAAGACCAUCUUAAGAGCCCUGAAUCAGGGUUCCCUGAAGAGGGAGGAACGGCGACAUCCUGACCUAGAGCCCAUCCUAAGGCAGCUAUUUUCAACUUCGUCAGAAGCUUUUCUACAGAGUCAGAAAGUACACAGCUUUUUUCAGUCCAUAUCUUCAGACUCUCUACACAGUCUCAGUAACUUACAAUCCUCUCUGAAGACUUCUAAAAUAUUAGAACACUUAAAAGAAGACAGCUCAGAAGCUUCAAGUCAAGAAGAAGGUAAACAUGUGUUGCAGCACACCAUAAUCCACAAGAAACAUACUGGGAAAAGUCCCAUUGUAAACAAUAUUGGUACGAGUUGCUCUCCACUGGAUGGGCUUACCAUGCAAUACUCUGAGCAGAAUGGAAUUGUGGAUUGGAGGAAGCAGAGCUGCACCACCAUUCAGCACCCAGAGCACUGUAUGACUUUAGCUGACCAGCAUUCUGCUGAAAAACGAAGCUUAUCUUCAAUAAACAAGAAAAAAGGAAAACCACAAAUAGAAAAGGAGAAAAUAAAGAAAGCAGACAACCGAUUGAAUAGUAGAAUGAAUGGAAUUAGACUUUCCACUUCCCAGCAUGCCCAUGGUGGUACUGUGAAAGAUGUGAAUUUGGACAUUGGAUCAGGACAUGACACAUGUGGAGAAACAUCUUCGGAGAGUUACAGUUCUCCAUCUAGUCCACGACAUGAUGGAAGAGAAAGUUUUGAAAGUGAAGAAGAAAAAGACAGAGACACAGACAGCAAUUCUGAGGAUUCUGGGAAUCCAUCAACAACUAGGUUUACAGGUUAUGGUUCUGUCAACCAGGCUGUCACUGUCAAGCCACCUGUUCAGAUUGCUUCACUAGGAAAUGAGAAUGGAAGCCUUUUAGAAGAUCCCUUGAACUCGCCCAAGUAUCAGCAUAUUUCUUUUAUGCCAGCUUUACACUGUGUCAUGCACAAUGGUACCCAGAAGUCUGAAGCUGUCGUUCCUACACCCAAAUCUGCUGAUGGCAAAACAAUAGGGAUGCUUGUUCCUAGUCCUGUUGCGAUUUCUGCAAUAAGGGAGUCCACAAAUUCAACCCCUGUUGGAAUACUGGGGCCGGCAGCUUCCCCUGGAGAAUCGGAAAAGCACCUGGAGUUACUGGCUUCCCCUUUACCUCUUCCAUCCACCUUCCUUCCACAUAGUAGUGCUCCUGCGUUGCACCUCACAUUUCAGAGGCUCAAGUUGCCACCACCACAGGGAUCUUCUGAGAGUUGCACAGUCAACAUCCCACAACAACCAACCGGAAGUCUGAGCAUCGGAUCACCAAACACUGCCUUUAUUCCUGUCCAUAACACAGGUAGUUUCCCAGGACCUCCUGUUGCUACCACGGACCCCAUCACAAAAUCUGCAUCCCAAGUGGUAGGACUAAAUCAAAUGGUGCCUCAAAUUGAGGGAAGCACAGGGACAGUCCCUCAGCCUACCAAUGUGAAGGUAGUUCUUCCAGCAGCUGGCCUCUCAGCCACACAGCCACCAGCUUCCUACACCUUACCAGGCUCCCCGCUUGCUGCCAGCGUGUUGCCCAACCAAAACUCCAGUGUGCUCAACACAGCAGCAGCUUCUCCUCAGCCAGCGAGCGCAGGCAUCAGCCAGGCCCAGGCCACCGCUCCUCCCGCAGUUCCUACCCAUACCCCAGGCCCUGCCCCGAGCCCCAGCCCUGCUUUGACACACAGUACUGCACAGAGUGACAGCACAUCUUACAUCAGUGCUGUGGGGAACACGAACGCGAAUGGCACAGUGGUGCCACCACAGCAGAUGGGCUCAGGGCCUUGUGGUUCUUGCGGGCGCAGGUGCGGCUGUGGGACUGGUGGAAGCCUCCAGCUGAACAGUUACUACUACCCUAACCCGAUGCCCGGACCCAUGUAUCGAGUCCCAUCAUUCUUCACUCUGCCAUCCAUUUGCAAUGGCAGCUACCUCAGCCAAGCACAUCAGAGCAAUGGAAACCAACUUCCUUUUUUUCUGCCUCAGACUCCAUAUGCAAACGGACUGGUACAUGACCCUGUCAUGGGGAGCCAAGCCAACUAUGGUAUGCAGCAGAUGGCAGGAUUUGGGAGAUACUAUCCUGUAUACCCAGCACCUAACGUAGUUGCCAACACCAGUGGUACGGGGCCCAAGAAGAAUGGGAACAUCUCAUGUUACAAUUGUGGUGUAAGUGGACACUAUGCACAGGACUGUAAGCAGUCGUCCAUGGAGGCCAAUCAACAAGGCACUUACAGACUGAGAUACGCACCUCCCCUCCCCCCUUCUAAUGAUACGUUGGAUUCUGCAGACUGAAACAAGUAAAGCUUGCCUACUUAAUACUCUCAAGUGUGGGGAGUUAUGGGGUGUGGAGGGGAGGAAAGGAAAGGUAUUGGUUUGUUUCUUUGUCUAUACAUUUCCUAGAUUUCUAUGCAGUUGGGAUUUUUUCAUUUCUCUUGUACCAAUGUCCAAAACAAAAAAGAAUGCAGUGCUUUUGAGCCUCUAGUCUCCUGGUUCAACAACAGGCUUAUAUGUAUGAUAUAUGUGAUUUAAACUUUCAGAAAAACUAUCAAAAAGAAAGUGUUUAUGCGUGCUUUUUUUUUUUUACACUGAAUACUUGCUGUGUGCAAUGUUUACUGAAUCUUUAAACUGUGUAUUUGACCUAUUUUUACAACACCGGUGACAGUCAUAUGGUUCUGAAAACAAGAAACUUUGCUUCUUCCCCAGCUUUUCUCACUUUCACCCUAAACUAAACUACACUUUCUCCCCAGCCACCCUCACUCUCUCCCUGGCCUGCGGCAGGAGAGGCCAGCAGUGUACUUGUCCCCACUUGUGUAACCUGCUCUGCAUAUAAACCAAGGGCAAAAUGUUUCACCUUAAUCUCAUGGGAGAAAUCAAACUCCCACAGUAGUAUGUAUAUAUGUAAUAAACAGCAUCACGUAAGUACAUAUAUGCAGUGCCUGUUGUCCAAAUAAAAAUGAAAAUAAGUGGAAGAGAGAGGAAGAAGUCAAACCAUAUGAGACUGAAAACAUGACGUUUGAAAUGGGCAAAAAGCUUUUUCUUAAAAAAAAAAAAAGUUUUACUUCUAUCAUACUUUUUUAGCCUGUUGCUUCAGAGAGACACAAAGUGAACACACCGGUGUGAAUGUUGUUCUCUGUGUGCUUGUGUUUGUAAUGAAAGUCGACGGCCAACUUUACUUGUCCUCUACCCCCGUGCUAGCUACUACUGUGUCAUGUUCAAAGAGACACUACUUGAGUAAAGAUUCUUCUUUUCCUAUACCAACUGUUACAGUGUUACAUUGUGUUUAAAGUGUGUAUGUUUUAUUGCAAUCUGAACAGAAGCUGUGGGUUUCUACAAAAAGUCAGGUAUUUGUUCCCUAACCUGUCUCUUGUAGCAAAGUCACUUUUUAUAACAGUUUACCACUAUGCUUGAUUAUAAUGUGAAAGACUGAAUUCUGAGUGUGUUAAGAUGGUAUUAAUCAUGUCAGUGUCAUGUCACUAAGUUUAAUGCUGCUGUUUUAAAAAAUUUUUUUAAAAGCCAAUCUAUGUACUAAAUUGCUUCCAGGUAAUUUUUGAUUUCUUAAAGUGCACUGAGGUUAUCUGGAAGAUUGGGUGUACUUUUUGGUGACUGCUGCAUUGAACAACUACCACUGUAUAGUCGUAGGUUUAAGGGAUUGGGGGGCCCAUUGUUUCGUUCCUCAGCACAGAGCAGAAAUGAUAGGCUUUUGUUGUGUGGAAUAACGUUAGGAUGCAGCAGAGGAACUUUACAUAUUUGGUCUCGGUUCAGAAGCCUAACAGAUUGCUAGACAAGAGAAAAAACUUGAAGAAAAAGAAGCUUAACUUAAUGCUUCAUAAGUAGCAUUUAUAUUUAUAGCACCAAUGUACAUUUUGAAACUUUCUUUCAGGGGUGGGAGUUACGGGGAAGGGGCAGGGGUGGGUGUAAAGGGGUAGAAGAAAGCUUUAAUUUAGAAAGAAAAUUUGAGUAAAGGAAAUUAUUUUGAUUAAAUAUAUUUUAUUUGAUCUGGGUAUUUUUGGACCACAUUAUUAAAUUAAUUGUUAAGCUGCAGUUGAGUUGUUCAAGUGAGAGUUUUGAUAAGCCACGUAUGGACCGCAUUGUGAAUCACUUGCCAGUUGUACUUUAUGGAGCUUAUUCUAUGAUUUAAAAUACUGUACUGUACAUAGGAGGUGUGUUACCUUCUCCUUAUUUGUAUGUUUACCAUAUACUUUGAUAUUUGAAAUGUUAUGUACUGGAAAGGCCACUUAUAUUUCUAGAACAGAUUGGAUUUUAUGCAACCUUUUUUCCUUGAAUUAACAGCAAUAAAAAAAAGAAAAACAACUUAA